AUGGCACCGGCGUCUACACGCGCGACAGCGGCACUCGACGACGUGACUUUAGACAACACCGACGCCCUCGACUGCGGCCUUUGCUGCCUACCACUCAAGCCGCCCAUCUUCCAGUGUAAGGUGGGGCACGUGGUAUGCUCGCCGUGCCGAGACAAGCUGGGGGCGGCUCGGAGGUGCCAUGUGUGUCGCACGGCGACUUCCGGCGGAUACCAUCGGAACCACGACAUGGAGAAGCUGCUGGAGUCGAUUCGGGUGCCUUGCUCCAACGCCGCCUACGGCUGUGCCGCCAAGCCGGUCUACUACGACAGGGGCAUCCACCUCCGGUCGUGCCAGCACGCGCCCUGCCACUGUCCGCUCAAAGCCUGCGGCUUCGCCGGCUCCACCUCGGCGCUCAUGGACCACUUCGCCGCCGUGCACACGUGGCCGUCGACGACUGAGCUUCGCUCCUGGAAGCCCGUCCAGGUGCACCUCCGCGAGGGCUUCAACGUCACCUCCCUCCGCACCGGCAGGCAACACUACCUGUUCCUGAUAACCGUUGCGCGGAAACAGUUUGGAACCGCUAUCUCCGUCUUCUGCGUACAUCCUCAGGAACCAGUGGUCGACGGCGAGCCACCGCCGACGCCAAGAACUGUGGGAUUCGAGGUCAGGCUCAAAUACUCUCGCCGCAACUACGGCAGCGGUGAUAUGUGCCGCGGCCAUACCCAGGAAACCAAGUUUAAAGUAGCCUUCACCGACCUCUCCAAUGGGCUGCCUGACUCAGAUGACGCUUGCCACUUCUUCCUGCCCAAGCUCGUUCAUCCCUUUGACAUCGAGACUAUCACCGCCGAAUUCGAUGUAGGGACAGUAUGA